AGGAGUAGAGAGUAAGUGAGAGAGGAGGGAAAAGUUGUGCUGUAGUUCCACACUGAGUGUGUUCUUUCUACCAAGCUGCAGUGCCUUCUCUCUCCCUAUAUUGCUCCACUGAAUGGAAGAAACAGAAAGCUAAACAGAUGUGUAAAGUUUCGUUUAUCAUCCAAUUUGAUUCCCCUCUAUAUUGCCCACCCUCUCUCUCUCUCUCGCUCUCUCUCUCUCUCUCUCUCUGGAUGUGUUGUACCAGAGGGCAGUGCUGUUAAGUGCUUUAUUGUGCGCGAGUGUGUGUAUAUAUACUGAGUAUACCUGUUGGCAGUAAUAUAGGAUUAAAACACAACUUACGGAGUACACACAGUGGGAGCCUCCAUUAAUUGUUCUCCAGUUAUGAACUCUCUACCAUCUUAUUCAGGAGCUCGAAUAUCUGGCUGUUGGACUCUAAGAUCUGAUGGCAGUGGAGGUGGGGAGGGAUCACUGGACCGGCUUCUCCCCUCGGUAAGCACAGGACUUUCACCCAGGAAAAGGACUACCAGUCAGUGCAAGUCUGAGCCUCCUCUCCUACGCACCUCCAAACGAACCAUCUACACCGCUGGCCGCCCACCCUGGUACAACGAACAUGGAGCACAGUCCAAAGAUGCCUUCGUCAUUGGUCUGUGUGGCGGCAGCGCUUCAGGAAAGACAACCGUAGCCAGGAAAAUUAUUGAAGAUCUAGAUGUUCCAUGGGUUGUACUACUUUCAAUGGACUCGUUUUACAAGGUCCUGUCCCCGGAACAGCAGACUCGGGCUGCCAGUAAUGACUAUAACUUUGACCACCCUGAUGCCUUUGACUUUGAUUUGUUGACACACACCCUGCACAAACUCAAACAGGGCAAGAGUGUAAAAAUCCCUGUCUAUGACUUUACAACUCAUGGGAGACAGAAGGAGUGGAAAACCGUAUAUGGAGCCAGUGUUAUCAUCUUUGAGGGAAUCAUGUCCUUUGCAGAUAAAAAGCUCUUGCAGUUGCUGGACAUGAAGAUUUUUGUCGACACAGACUCUGACAUCCGGCUGGUGCGUCGGUUGCGGAGGGACAUUACAGAGAGGGGCCGAGACAUUGAGGGUGUCAUCAAACAGUACAACAAAUUUGUCAAGCCAGCGUUUGAGCAGUACAUUGAACCCACCAUGCGCCUGGCUGAUAUUGUGGUCCCACGUGGUGGGGGCAACAUGGUGGCCAUCGAUUUGAUCGUGCAGCAUGUCCACAGUCAGCUGGAGGAGAGGAAACUUCGCUGGGAUAUGGCAGCCCUAGCUUCUGCACACCAGGCCCAACCCCUCCCCCAGACCCUCAGUGUUCUUGAGAGCACACCCCAGGUCAGGGGCAUGCACACCAUCAUCAGAAACAAGGAAACCAGCCGCGACGAGUUCAUCUUCUACUCCAAGAGGUUGAUGCGUCUGUUGAUCGAGCGAGCGCUUUCCUUCCUCCCCUCGCAGGUCCGCGUAGUCCAGACCCCGCAGGGAGAGGAUUAUGAAGGCAGGACUUUCCACGGGAAGAUGAUCACAGGCGUGUCUAUACUGCGAGCCGGGGAGACCAUGGAGCCGGCUUUGAGGGCCGUCUGCAAAGACGUCCGCAUCGGCAAGAUCCUCAUCCAGACCAACCAGGACACGGGAGAACCAGAGCUUCAUUACCUGCGUCUACCGAAAGACAUCAGUGAAGAUCAUGUGAUCCUGAUGGACUGUACUGUGUCCACUGGAGCUGCUGCCAUGAUGGCUGUUCGAGUCCUACUGGACCAUGAUGUUCAGGAGGACAAGAUCCUGCUGGUGUCUUUGCUAAUGGCAGAAAUGGGAGUCCAUUCAGUGGCUUACGCGUUCCCACAGGUCAAAAUCAUCACCACAGCUGUUGACAAGAAAGUCAAUGAUCUCUUCCACAUCAUACCUGGCAUAGGAAACUUUGGGGAUCGGUACUUUGGAACAGAUGCACCCCCCGACUGGAGCGACGAAGAAAUGGAUGAGCCCAGUUACUGAUUGAAUUAUUAUUUUAUACAACUUAUCGUGUGAUUCAGGGCUGUGCCCGACAGAGG